AUGAUAGAUUCGAAAAGCCAAGAGAUCCGACCCGUCGAUGACCAGGUAUAUUCCAACAUGGAGGAUGUAGCGGACGAGCUGCCGGACUCUUCGCCGCGGUUUAUCCUGCUCAGUUACCCCCUCACAUUGCCAUCCGGACGUCUCUCUGUUCCCUACGUGCUCAUCUAUUACCUGCCCGAAAACUGCAACCCUGCUUCGCGCAUGAGCUACGCCGGAGCAGUGGAACUAAUGAGGAAUACGGCAGAGGUUAAUAAGGUUAUCGAAGUCGAAGGGGAGUCUGAAGUGGCAGACAUUAAGGAGAAACUUCUCGGAGAAGCAUAG